CUCACCCCGCAGUGCCCGGGGCUCAUGUCGGAGGAGUGCGGGCGGAUUGCAGCCCUGGCGGCCGGGAGGACUCGGAAAGGCGCCGGGGAAGAGGGACUGGUGAGCCCCCAGGGAGCGGGGGACGAGGACUCGUGCUCCUCCUCGGCCCCGCUGUCCCCGUCGUCCUCGCCCCGGUCCAUGGCCUCGGGCUCCGUCUGCCCCCCUGGCAAGUGUGUGUGCAACAGCUGCGGCCUGGAGAUCGUGGACAAGUACCUUCUCAAGGUGAAUGACCUGUGCUGGCAUGUUCGGUGUCUCUCCUGCAGUGUCUGCAGGACCUCCUUAGGAAGGCAUACCAGCUGUUAUAUUAAAGACAAAGACAUUUUCUGCAAACUUGAUUAUUUCAGAAGGUAUGGAACUCGCUGCUCUCGUUGUGGGAGGCACAUCCAUUCUACUGACUGGGUCCGGAGGGCCAAGGGGAAUGUCUAUCACUUGGCAUGCUUUGCCUGCUUUUCUUGCAAAAGGCAGCUUUCCACGGGAGAGGAGUUUGCUUUGGUGGAAGAGAAAGUCCUCUGCAGAGUGCAUUAUGACUGUAUGCUGGAUAAUUUGAAAAGAGAAGUGGAAAAUGGUAAUGGGAUUAGUGUUGAAGGUGCCCUCCUCACAGAGCAAGAUGUUAAUCAUCCAAAACCAGCAAAAAGAGCUCGGACCAGCUUUACAGCAGAUCAGCUCCAGGUAAUGCAAGCACAAUUUGCUCAGGACAACAACCCAGAUGCACAGACUCUCCAGAAACUGGCAGAAAGGACAGGCUUGAGCAGACGUGUGAUACAGGUGUGGUUUCAGAAUUGUAGAGCACGCCACAAGAAACACGUCAGUCCUAAUCACUCCUCCUCGGCCCCAGUCACAGCAGUCCCACCCUCCCGGCUGUCUCCACCCAUGUUAGAAGAAAUGGCUUAUUCUGCCUAUGUGCCCCAAGAUGGGACGAUGCUAACUGCGCUGCAUAGUUACAUGGAUGCUCAUUCACCAACAACUCUUGGACUCCAGCCCUUGUUACCCCAUUCAAUGACACAACUGCCAAUAAGUCAUACCUAA